GAAGUCUCGAGGUAUCUACAGGGACUAACGAUUGGAGUGGAGUGCGAUGGCUGCCCCCAUCAAACUCAAUGAAGUUCUCAAGAUCCCUGCUCUUGGAAUCAGAGCAGAUGCGAUCUCUUUUGCCAACUGCACGAUGGAGUCGGAAAAGUUCAUCACUGUCAGAGAACAAGCUGGAGAACAGGUCAUGAUUCACAUCGUCGAUUUGUUCAACCCAGCGCGUACUGAAAAACGGCCGAUCACUGCUGAUGCAGCUUUGAUGAACCCUGUUGCCAAAAUCUUGGCUUUGAAAAGUGGACAGGCACUUCAGAUUUUCAACAUCGAGCUGAAAUCCAAGAUGAAGGCACACAACAUGCCUGAGCCAGUCGUCUACUGGAAAUGGAUUAAUGAAAGAACCAUGGCAUUGGUAACUGCAAACGCGGUUUUUCAUUGGAGCAUGGAUGGCACCAGUGAACCCGUCAAGGUUUUCGACAGGCUCCCGCAAAUGUCAACGUACCAGAUCAUCAAUUAUCGCGCUGACGCAGCUGAGAAAUGGAUGGUUUUGACUGGCAUUGCACAAGCACAAGAUGGAUCUGGAAGGAUUGUUGGCAACAUGCAACUCUACUCUGCAGAGAAGCAACAAAGCCAGAGUAUUGAAGGACAUGCAGCGGCUUUCUCCCAGUUCCUGUGUCAGGGAGCAACUGAGCAAUCAACUUUGUUCGCUUUUGCCAACAAGAGUGCAACUGGAACAAAGUUGCACAUCAUUGAAGUUGUGAAAGGAAAUUCCGCAAUGCCCUUCCAAAAGCGUGCCGUGGAUAUUACUGUCCCAGCUGAUGCUGCAAACGAUUUUCCAGUGGCAAUGCAGGUCAGUGACAAGUAUGGGCUCGUUUUCUUGGUCAGCAAAUUUGGAUACAUCUACGUCUUCGACGUCGAAACGGGGACCCAAGUGUUCAUGAAUCGCAUCAGUGCGGAAACGAUCUUCACAACCUGUGUCAACUCGGCAAGUGGUGGGCUGCUUGGUAUCAAUCGUCUUGGACAAGUCCUUCAUGUCCAGAUUGACGAUCAAAACAUCGUCAAAUUCUUGAAUCUCAAUCAAUACCUGAUUCUUCUGCAGGUUGCCGCCCGAGGGAAGCUUCCUGGAGCCGAGCAGCUGUAUGCCGCCAACUUUGAUCAGCUCUUAAGAAGUGGGGAUAUCCAAGGUGCUGCGGAAAUGGCAGCCAAGUCGCCAAACGGCGUCUUGCGUACUCCCAACACUAUCAACAAGUUCAAGACUGUUGCUUCCCAGAAUCCUGGCGGCCAGAAUCCACUUCUGAUCUACUUCAGCAAGAUCCUCGAGGAUAGCUCCUUGAAUGCAGUGGAGUCAGUGGAGCUGGCACGCCCAGUCAUUGGACAGGGUAAGCAGCAGUUGCUACAGAAAUGGUUCGACGAAGGAAAGCUUGAAUGCAGUGAGGAUUUGGGAGACCUCAUCAAGCAGGUCGAUGGUACCCUGGCCUUGAAAGUCUACAACAAGGCAAACUGUCCUGGAAAGGUCAUCGCUUGCUUUGUUGAGACCCAGCAAUACGACAAAAUUCUGGCAUAUGCACAGCGUGUCGGAUACCAGCCAGAGUGGACCGGCAUCUUGGCGAACAUGGUCGUCCUCAAUCCUGAGGGAGCUGUACGCCUCGCCCAGAUGCUUGUGAAUCAAGAGGGUGGAUCCAAGAUCGACGUGGCAGCUGUUGCAGAACUGUUUCUGAACAGGAACAUGCUUCAGCAGACGACCUCCUUCUUGUUGGAUGCUCUUAAGGGCAACAAGCCUGAGGAAGCAGCACUGCAAACCAAACUUUUGGAAAUCAACUUGAGGGCAGCUCCGCAGGUUGCUGAAGCAAUCCUAUCGAAUGGAAUGCUCACCCACUACGACCGUGCGACUGUGGGUCAGCUCUGCGAACGUGCCGGGUUGUUUCAGCGUGCACUCGAGCAUUUCACCGAGCUCAAAGAUUUGAAGAGGGUCAUUGUAUACGCUUCUCAGAUGCAGGCUGAGUUCCUGCUUGAGUGGUUUGGUACCCUUGACACUACCUGGGCUAUCGACCUUUUGAAGGAGAUGCUCGCAAAGGACAUGCGAAGCAACCUUCAGAUUUGUGUACAAGUUGCCACCAAGUACAGUGAGUUCAUGACUCCGUCUACUUUGAUCGGAAUCUUCGAGGAGUUCAAGAGUAUGGAGGGCCUGUACUACUAUUUGGGUGCUAUCGUGAACUUUUCUCAAGACGAAACAGUCCACUACAAGUAUAUUGUGGCUUGCGCAAAGGUCGGUAUGAUGAAGAACGAUUUCAAGGAGUUGGAGCGCAUCACUCGCGAGUCUCAGUACUACCCAGCAGUCAAAGUCAAGGACUUCUUAAAGUCCGAAGCUAAGCUUGCGGAUCCAAGGCCCCUUAUCAAUGUCUGCGACAAGCAUGAUAUGGUUGAGGAGCUUACACAGUAUCUCUACGGCAAAAGCAUGAUGAAGUACAUCGAAGUCUAUGUACAGAAAGUGAAUCCAUUCAAGACUCCUCAGGUUGUUGGAGCUUUGAUCGAUGCCGGAUGCCCUGAAGAUCAGAUUCGUUCUCUUGUGAUGAGUGUGCGCAAUCAAUGCCCAGUAGAGCCUUUGAUUGCUUCAUGCCAAAAGAGAAAUCGCCUGAGGUUUCUGCUCCCAUGGCUUGAGGCUCGUUUUGAUGAGGGAGAACAAGAUCCUGCACUUCACAAUGCACUUGCCAUGAUCUACAUUGACACCAAUCAGAACCCGGAGAAAUUCCUGGCGUCGAACUCUUACUACGAUCACAAAGUCGUUGGCGCUUAUUGUGCAAAGAGAGACCCCCACCUUGCCUUUGUGGUCUAUAGUUCUGCUCCUGGUGGCUUGUGUGAUGACGAGGCUAUUGCCGUCACCAAUGAAAAUGCGCUGUACAAGGCACAGGCCAAAUUCUUGGUCGAGAGACAGGAUCUUGACCUGUGGGCCAAAGUUCUUACCGAUGAGAACAAGCACAAGCGAGCUCUCGUUGACCAAGUUGUUUCAACUGCGCUCCCCUCCUGUAGGAACAGCGAGGCCGUUGCCUGCACUGUCAAGGCCUUCAUGACUGCAAAUUUGCCUAACGAGCUUAUUGAGCUGCUCGAGAAGAUUGUUCUCAGACCAGAUUCUGAGUUCGCUGCAAACAAGAAUCUUCAGAAUCUCUUGAUUCUGACUGCUGUGCAAGUGGCUGGGGACCUUCCGGAGGAGCACAAGGGGAGAGUCAUGGAGUACAUCAACAGAUUGGACAAGUUUGAUGGCGCAGACAUCGCUUCCAUUUGUGUUUCCGAGGGACUUUACGAAGAGGCUUUUGUCAUCUACAAGAAAUUCGAUGACAAGAAAGCAGCUAUUGGAGUUCUGCUUGAGAACAUCAGAGACCUUGAGAGGGCUAAGGAUUUUGCCACUGCCUGCAAUCUGGAUGAGACCUGGUCAACCCUUGCAAAUGCGCAGCUCAAUGCUGGACAGGUUGCCGAUGCCAUCGACUCGUAUGUCAAAGCUAAGGAUCCUUCCGACUACCUCCGUGUCAUUGAAGCGGCUCAAAAUGCUGACCAAUAUCAUCCUCUCAUCAUCUUCCUCCAGAUGGCCAGGAAGAAGGACUUCGGAACUCAGGAAGCUCGCUCGGUCAUCGACACUGCGAUGCUUAUGUCGUAUGCAAGGACAAACAUGAUGUCCGAGCUUGAAGAAUUCGUUUCUUCCCCCAAUAUUGCCAACGUCGAGGAGGUUGGCGAGCGAUGUGCUGAAAUGGGCAUGUUCGAAGCUGCCAGGAUGCUGUUCAGCAGUAUCUCGAAGCAUGACAAGCUUGCUUCUUGUUUGGUUCGUCUGCAAAAGUACGCAGAUGCAGUCGAAGCCGCUCGCAAGGCCAAUUUCACCAGGACCUGGAAGGAAGUUUUGGUUGCUUGCGUUGAUGCUGAAGAAUUCCGUCUUGCACAAAUGUGCGGCUUGAACCUCAUGAUCAUUCCUGAUGAGAUCGAAGAGCUCAUGAAGGUUUACGAAAGACGGGGUCACUUCGAGCAGCUGAUUGCCAUGUUGGAGACCGGGUUGGGCACGGACAUGGGUGGAAACUCAUCGGGUAUCUUCACUGAGCUUGCCAUCCUCUACGUGAAGUACAAGGAAUCCAAGCUCAUGGAUCACUUGAAGCAGUUCUUUUCUCGCAUGAACAUCCCCAGGGUCAUCAGGGAGUGUGAGCGGUACGAGAACUGGCAGGCCCUGUGCUUCCUCUACGUGCAGAAUGAUGAGGCAGACAAUGCUGCAUUGACCAUGAUGAACCAUGCUGCCGAUGCUUGGGAGCACACUGAAUUCAAGAGUGUGCUCGUCCGCUGUGCCAACCCCGAGAACCUGUACAAGGCUGUUCAGUUCUACGUGGAGGAGCAUCCUAUGGAGCUCAAUGACCUUCUCAUCUCUAUGUCGAAGAAGGAAGGAAUGCUGGACCACUCACGUGUUGUUGUUCUCAUGAAGCGCAAGCUACCUCUUAUCAAAGAAUACCUCGAGCACGUGCAGCAUCACGACAUGAAGUCAGUGAAUGAGGCAUUGAACAACAUCUACAUCGAAGAGGAGGAUUACGAGAAGUUGGAUGUUUCAGUCUCGACGUACACCAACUAUGAUCAGCUUGAGCUCGCUGGACAGCUCCAGAAGCAUCCUUUGUUGGAGAUGAGGCGAGUAGCUGGAACUCUCUACACCAAGAACAAGAGAUAUGGGCAGGCUUUGGAACUCUCAAAGAAAGACAAGCUGUACAAAGAUGCCAUGCACGUUGCUGCUACCUCUCAGGAUCCGGAGCUGGUCGAGCAACUUUUGCGCUUCUUUGUGGAGGUUGAGGCCAAGGAGUGCUUUGCCGCUUGUCUCUUCACCUGCUUUGAGCUGGUCAGGCCGGAUGUUGUCAUGGAGCUUGCAUGGCGCAACAACAUCAUGGACUACGCCAUGCCCUACGUCAUUCAGGUCACCAAGAACUACACGGCCAAGGUUGAUCAGCUCGUGAUUGAGAGCGAGAAGAAGAAGGAGGAAGACAAAAAGCAUCAAGAGGCCAUGGAGCAGCAGGCGGGAAUGGGUGUGGACAUGUCCAUGCAGGGAGGUCCCCUCAUGCUCACCAUGGGCCCAGGCAUGGAUGCUUACUCGCAAAUGGGGGGUGGAAUGGGCAUGAACAUGGGCGGCAUGGCGACUAUGGGCGGCAUGGGGAUGCCUGGCAUGAGCGUUCCUAACAUGGGCUCGAUGCCUGGGAUGGGAAUGCCGGGCAUGGCCACUCACUUCUAGAUGUCUCCUCUUGUCCUGCUUGAGGUGUAGGGAGUGUCGCUGGUUAAAUCGCUUCUCAUCG